CAUGUGUAAAUUCCAAAAUCAGGAAUAGUAUGCUUCUCUCUCUACAACAUCAGCAAUUUCCUCCAUUUUUCCUCAAGUAGUUUCUCAUUUUCGUCUGAAAUCUUUACUCCAUUACUGUAAUAGAGUGAAUUUUUUAUACAUUUUUGAGAAUGGGGAGCAAACCUAAAGGAAGGACGACGAUUGACGUUGGAUCAGACGGAGUUGCUGUCAUCACCAUCAUCAACCCUCCUGUUAAUUCUUUAUCUUUCGAUGUACUAUCCAGCUUGAAAGAGAGUUAUGACCAAGCCUUGAACAGAGACGAUGUAAAAGCAAUUGUGCUUACUGGUGCAAAUGGAAAAUUUUCGGCAGGUUUUGAUAUCACUGCCUUUAGUACACUCCAAGGAGGUAACAUCCAACCUCCAAAACCUGGUUUUGUCUCAAUUGAGAUUCUCACUGAUUUUCUCGAAGCUGCAAAAAAACCUUCAGUUGCUGCUAUUGACGGUCUAGCCUUGGGUGGAGGUCUGGAGAUUGCAAUGGUAUGCCAUGCACGGAUAUCUACUUCAAAUGCACAUCUAGGCUUGCCUGAACUUCGGCUUGGAUUAAUGCCUGGAUUUGGAGGAACACAACGGUUGCCACGUCUUGUUGGCCUCGCAAAAUCCCUUGAAAUGAUGCUGACAUCAAAGCCUGUCAAAGGGGAAGAAGCUCAUAGUUUAGGCCUUGUUGAUGCCAUAGUCUUACCAAAUGAGCUGGUAAAUUCUGCUCGCCAAUGGGCUUUGGAUAUUGUCGAACAUAGAAGGCCAUGGAAUGUUAGCCUUUACAAGACUGACAAGCUAGAACCAGUUGACGAGGCAAGAGAAAUAUUCGACUUUGCAAGAGCUCAAGCCAGGAAACGAGCUCCUAAUCUCAAGCAUCCAAUUAUUUGCAUUGAUGCUAUUGAAGAGGGCUUAGUUUCUGGUCCCCGAGCUGGGCUUCAGAAGGAAGUAGAGUCUUUCCAAGAACUACUAGUUUCAGACACCAGCAAGAGCUUACUCCAUGUCUUCUUUUCCAUGGGAGGAACCUCAAAGGUCCCUGGAAUUACUGAUCUGGGUUUGGUACCAAGACAAAUAAAAAAAGUUGCUAUUCUUGGUGGAGGAUUGAUGGGCUCUGGAAUAGCAACAUCACUGAUUCUUAGUAACUAUCCUGUAAUCCUGAAAGAAGUGAAUGAAAAAUUCUUACAAGCUGGUCUAAACAGAGUUAAAGCCAAUUUGGAAAGACGAGUUGAGAAAGGAAAAAUGACUGAGGAGAAGUUUGAGGAAACUCUUUCUCUUUUGAAGGGCGUUUUAGACUAUGAGAGCUUCAAAGAUGUGGACAUGGUUAUAGAGGUGAACAUGAGACAUAUUUAUUUUUUUUGUGAAUGUAAACCCGAACAACAGGCUGUCAUUGAAAACGUGUCACUAAAGCAACAGAUUUUUCUCGACCUUGAAAAACAUUGCCCUGCAAAUUGUAUCCUUGCAAGUAAUACUUCUACAAUUGACAUAAACUUGAUUGGGGAAAAGACCAAGUCCCAAGACCGUAUAGUUGGAGCUCAUUUCUUCAGUCCGGCACAUAUCAUGCCACUUCUAGAAAUUGUUCGAACAGAGAAAACCUCUCCUCAAGUAAUUGUCGACGUAUUGGAUAUGGGGAAAAAGAUAAAGAAGACCCCAGUGGUAGUUGGAAAUGGCACUGGUUUUGCUGUAAACAGAAUGUUCUUUCCUUACACACAAUCCGCACUUUUGCUAGUUGAAUAUGGUGCAGAUUUGUAUCAAAUUGACAAGGCAGCUACCAAAUUUGGAAUGCCUAUGGGCCCAUUUAGAAUGUGUGAUCUGGUUGGUUUUGGAGUUGCAAUGGCAACUGGAUUGCAAUUUGUUGAAAGCUUUUCUGAGCGAACUGUUAAGACAAUGUUGAUUCCACUGUUGUGGGAGGAUAAACGAACAGGUGAAGCUAAUGGUAAAGGAUUCUAUUUAUACGACGAGAGACGCAAAGCACGCCCUGAUCCAGAACUAAAGAAAAUGAUUGAGAAAUCAAGGGAGAUUUCUGGAAUUAAUAUUGAUCCUAAGCUAGUGGGAUUAUCUGAUAAGGAUAUUGAAGAGAUGAUACUAUUUCCAGUGGUGAACGAAGCCUGUCGUGUGCUUGAUGAAGGCAUUGCAGUUAAACCUUCUGAUCUUGACAUUGCUUCUAUCAUGGGGAUGGGUUUUCCACCAUACAGGGGAGGAAUUAUAUUCUGGGCAGACACAUAUGGAUCAAAAUACAUAUGUUCUAAGUUGGAGGAAUGGUCAAAAAGCUAUGGAGAGUUCUUCAGACCAUGCAGAUUCUUGGCAGAUAAAGCUCACAAAGGGGCAUCUCUGAGUUCUGGAGUAGAGAAGCCGAAAUCUCGCCUAUGAGACAGAAGGACGUGUUCGUCGAUCAUUCAUCUGUAUUCUAAGAAUUUCAUGGCGGUUCUUGGAGAUUCAUACGACUUGGAAACCCUUUUUAUUUGUCUUGGAUAUUUAGACUUCAAAAUAAAAUUCAUAAGAAGAUCAAUAUGUGUUACUAAUUCAAAACUAUUAUGUUUAAAAUUCAGCUGAUUGUGAUAGCAUCUAAUAACCAACUUUAUUGUCAAAUGAAAUAAAUUAUAUAUUCAUG